GCUGGUGGUUUGUCAGCACAGCUGAAGAACAAGGCUGGGUUCCUGCCACAUACCUGGACUCACAGAGCGGCACCAGAGAUGAUCUGGACCUGGGAACAUCUAGAUCUGGAGAAGAGGAGAAAUAUGUCACUGUCCAGCCGUAUACCAGUCAGGGAAAGGAUGAGAUCGGGUUCGAGAAAGGAGCAACCGUGGAGGUCAUCCAGAAGAACCUGGAGGGAUGGUGGUACAUCAGGUAUCAGGGUAAAGAGGGCUGGGCCCCAGCCUCAUACCUGAAAAAACUGAAAGAUGACCUUUCACCAAGGAAGAAGACUCUGACUGGCCCCGUGGAGAUCAUCGGAAACAUAAUGGAGAUCAGUAACCUCCUCAACAAGAAGGCUGUGAGCGAGAAGGACAUUCAAACUGACGGAGAGGCCACUAGCCCUGAGCGCCACAUCUCCAAAAGUGAAAUCAGUUUGCCUAUCCCAUAUGCCCCAGAGGCUGGAGUGGCACCCACAGUGGCCACUGGUUUGGGAAUGAACUCUGGAUCUAGCACCGCCCUACAGGAAAACAAGAGCAGGGCAGAGCCGGGGUCACCUGCCAUAGCCCGGGUGGCACCACACAGAGUUGAGAUAGGAUUUGAUGCCAUAGGAUCUCCAAACCUCAGACAGAAACCUCCUCCUCGAAGAGAUACAAAUCUGGCAUUCCAGUUGCCCAAACCUCCAGAGGCCCCUUCUGUGGAAGCGGAGUACUACACCAUAGCAGAGUUUCAAUCCAGUAUCUCAGAUGGCAUCAGCUUCCGUGGAGGACAAAAGGCUGAUACAGUUAAUAACAUGUUUUGUAUUCAACUGGCAGGAUCUCCAAACCUCAGACAGAAACCUCCUCCUCGAAGAGAUACAAAUCUGGCAUUCCAGUUGCCCAAACCUCCAGAGGCCCCUUCUGUGGAAGCGGAGUACUACACCAUAGCAGAGUUUCAAUCCAGUAUCUCAGAUGGCAUCAGCUUCCGUGGAGGACAAAAGGCUGAUGUCAUAGAGAAGAAUUCUAGUGGUUGGUGGUAUGUCCAGAUCGGGGAUAUGGAGGGCUGGGCACCCUGUUCCUUUAUUGAUAAACGCAAGAAGCCCAACCUGAGCCGGCGAACCAGCACACUUACCCGCCCUAAAGUUCCACCCCCUGCUCCACCAGUCAAGAAACCAGACUCAGAGGAAUCACCUUCUCUAGCUGGCUCCACCUCCAAAGCUCCAGAAUCCCCCACUCAGCGUGUCUAUGAGGAGCCAGAAUAUGAUGUUCCCACCAUUGGUUUUGACUCCGAUCUGGAUAGCAAUCCUCCAAAACAAAAAACAAAUAAUUCAUUGAAACCAGAGCCCCGUAAGUUUGAAAUUAAAAGCAAUCCAGCAGCUGCCGAAAGGAUUGCACAGGCUGGCAAAGCAUCACCUUUACUAAAAGUGAUGACCUCCCCCUUGAGGAAAAGAAACUCAUUGGAGAAUGUCAAUAAGGAGGAGGUGAUUUAUGAAAAUGAAGGCUUCAGGUUCUCCUCUGAUGAUUUUGCCAGUGGUUGCGAUUCAGAUACCCCAAGGAGUCUCACAUUGGGUCGUAAACCCUUUGGGUCCUCCUCUGGAGGAGGGAAGCCCCUCCGGAAGGUAUCGCCAGAUCUAAGCCGGAGUCACUCUCUUGGCCGUGCUGAGAGACACAGCCCCAAAUCAUCAUCAGACAAAUCAGGACGCAAUCCCAAAAGAGAGCCUGUCAUGCGAAAAGAUGUAGAGAUUAGGGUUGGUCAAAGUCCCUUAGCCAGGCCCAAACCAGUGGUGCGACCCAAACCUCUGUUUACAAAGUCAGAGCCCCAAAGUCCCGAAAGAAUGGACAUCAGCAGCCUACGCCGCCAGCUUCGGCCCACCGGAAGUCUUCGGCAGGGUGCAGUCCGUGCAGUACGUGGCGGUGAAGAUUCCGAGACUGCUUCUGUUGUGUCCUCUGAGGAUUCCAUCUCCUCAAGAAGUACCUCCGAUCUCUCCAGCGUCUAUUCCAAAGGUAGCCGAGGUGGGGAAUCUGACCAUGAAAGUGUGCUCUACAGGACCACAGAUGCCUACGAACGGGCCCAAGAGUCAGAGGUUAGCUUCCCAGCUAGUGUGGAGGUUGAGGUAUUGGAGAAGCAGGAAAGUGGAUGGUGGUAUGUCCGUUGGGGAGAUGAUGAGGGAUGGGCACCUACUUUCUAUUUGGAGCCAGUCAAGCAUACCCAUGACGUCGGUGUACAAGAAUCCCGUGAUGGCCCUCUUGUUGAUCUUGGUAGCACUAACAAGUCCAACAGCCUAGAGAAAAAUGAGCAGCGUGUUCAGGCCCUCAACAACCUAAACCAGCAGAACCUGAGGAGUAUGAACAAUCCUAGCCCACCAAUCCCAUCCAAACCACCAGGGGGUUUUAGCAAACCAAACCCAAUGCUAAACGGUUCAGGCGUACGGAUGCGUAACGGUGUCCGUCAGGCAGCAGUGCGACCGCAGUCAGUGUUUGUGUCUCCACCACAGCCUCUGAAGGACACCAACAUCCAUACAGGGUCUUUGAGAAGAAAUGAAUCACUAGGUGCAGGCGACCACUUCAGAGCCACAGGCGGCGUAAGGCGAAACUCCUCCUUCACUGCCGUGCGACUGCAGCCGGUGACCGAUGUACGGGUCAGGUCUGGGACCACCAUUACAGCACCCGCCGGAAGUUCAAGCCCCUUGAUUGCCCAGAGAAACGGAAUUCCAAUCUCUACAGUGAGACCCAAGCCCAUUGAGAAGACACACCUCAUUCACAACAACCUUCGAGAGGUUUACGUAUCUAUUGCUGAUUACCGUGGCGACGAAGAGACCAUGGGUUUCUCAGAGGGCACUAGUCUAGAAGUUCUGGAGAAGAAUCCAAAUGGAUGGUGGUACUGCCAGGUUCUAGAUGGCUUACAGGGACGUAAAGGCUGGGUACCGUCUAACUACCUGGAGAGAAAAAAGUAAUUCCCCAAAAAUGGUUUAAACAUGCACAAUUGUAAUCAAAAUGUAAAAAGACGAACUGACUGAAGGACUUUUGGUUUGAAACGAGAAAGACAGAGCCUUUUAGAAAGGAGUUUACAUUAAAACUAGAGUAAUGCAGGUGAAUGUUUAGCAAAAUCCCUGCCAUAACUUUAUGCCAAAUGGGUGCCUUCGUACAUCUUUCACUGAAUGUUAAGAGGAAUCGGUCAAAUGCCAGUGAAGCAAUGAAAAUACCAAAUUUCAACUUAGUGCCAUAGGCCUACAAGUACAGAAGCAACAAACUUAUUUUUGUUACAACAUUGAUAAGUGAAAAAGAUAAUUUCAUCAUAGGUGCAUAACAAAAAGUGCAAAUCCAAUCUUUAAGCACAUGAAACAAGAAAUUCCUGUAAAAACAUUUUGAACAAAAAAUCAACAUCAAUUGUUAUCUUAGCAUUGAGUGCGCUCAAACAAACAAAGCAUAACUUUGAUUGUAAUUUUUUAAAAACGUAUACUUUUUUUUGAGAAAUUGUUUUGUGUUAAUGUUUGUGAUAUCUUCCUUAGAGAUCUAUUUCUGCUUUCUUGUAACAUCCUAACAUCCCCAUUCUUUAAAUAUGCACAGGCCAAAAUGAAUAAAACAGGUUAAAGGAAAAUAGUCUGUGAAAGCUAUAUGCAUAGAUCACCUCAUGCCCACUUAAUUAUUGGGUUUAAACCCAAGUUCAGUUUACAAAGUGCAUCUGUUUUUAUUAGGAGGGUAGACAGCUUCAGAGGACAGGACUUUAGAUAUUGCUGCUCUGUGUGUGCUAAAUCUGUUAAUUCAAGAAAUCAGGACUGGAAAAUCGUUUGUUUUGUUCAGCAUUUUAUCCCAGGGAAGUAGUGACAUAACAUUGAGCCCAAAAUGUGAUCACACCAAAGAAGAUUUACAGACACAAUUGCUAGUUUGUUUUAGAGUUAGUAUUUAUUUUAUGGGUACAAAUAAAUACAGUGUAUUCAGCAAAACCUAAACGAGGUUUCAGAACUGAGAACAAAGUAUAUUUAAUUGUUAUAUCUGGAAGCACUUGAUUUUUUUUUAACCCAAAGAAAAGCACAUUAAUAUGCAAGGUUAAUUUCUACAUUACGAUAUUGCUGGGCAGUAUUGAAUCUGAAGUUACACAAUAAGCAGUGUAAACUACUAUCAUUUAAGAAUAGUGUUUCAUUUUCUGUUGACAAAGAUAUUAAAAUAGAUUCACGAACUUUAUCUUAGUCCAUGGUCCAAUCUUUCAUUCUCUUCUUUAUAGAUCACAGAGCUCAGAAUGAUUACUUUCCCCUUAUUCAAUCAAAUAAUAUUCAUUAACAACAGCAUAAAACAGCUGAUGUUCAAGAGUGCUGAAAUAUUUUUCUAAUGAAUAGUGUGAGCUCUUAGCUGAGUUUAGCACUACUUUUAUUUGAUUUAGUUUUCUGCUGGACAGUAUUUUAUUGUUAAACAGUUAAAACAUUAAUUACCUGCUAGAUUGCAGUUAUAUUCUAUUAAGCAGACAGUUGUUUAUUUUGUCUUGUUUGUUGGUUGUUGUGUGAUCACACAUGGACAAUAAUGAUGAAUGAAGUCGUUCAUUUGUUGUGAAUCAAUGCAUUUGAGCUUUUUUUAUGCACUGGUAUAAAGAUGCAGUGUACUUCAUCAGCACAUAAUUUAUUUUUUGUUGUAUUUAUCAUUUUUAAUGUUUUUAAAAAAUGUUUUUAAUACUGUCUUGCUAAGAUGCCAUUUUAUUGGCAUUUGACACUCGCUUUUUAAAACUUGAACCUCUUGGUAGUUCUGUAGUAAUUGGCUACUGCUAUAUUCUGAGCUUUUACCAAGAUGAUUUUUUGUCUCGUUUUGACAGUGUCUCCUACUGUCUUAAAAUUGGAAGUAGAUUUUUUAAACAAUUCUUGUGAGCAUUUUUCACCUUGUGUGAACAUGCUUUCACAUAAAUGUUUUAAAAUCCGAAAUGCAUUUUCAACCAAGCUGAUUGCUGCACCUUUAGCAACUGUGGACACUUCCUUUCUCGUUAUUGAUCCACAUAUAAUGCCAGAUUAUGUAAACAAAAAAAUCAUUUUAUUUCAUUUUAACAUCAUCAUAUCACUCCCAGAAAAAAAAGAAAAUAGACAUUAGAAAAAAAUCUGAAUAAGAAUCAAUCAGUCCUUCAAAUUAAAAGCCAGCAGUAAAAUGGGAACGAUCAAAUUACAUAACACUUUAUAAUUAAAAACAGCAGGGCUCUAUGUGGAUCCCUAAUUGUGACUGGACCAAAUUUGAUUUGAGUGUUUCAUAUAAAUGGUAUCAUUAAAAAAACAGCAAUAAUGGGAUUUUAAAGUUCCAAUUUGGGUGAUUUUGUUUUUAACUUUUACAUUUGAAAAUGAAAAUUAAGCCAUUGCACUCUCAAUUGCAACUCUUUUUUUGACGAUGGCAUUACAGAAAUGUGUCGACUCACUACAACGCAGCACUUGUGAUGGAUGUUGCUAAGCUCCAAUGAUACUUUGCUCUUUCUUCAUUCGCGCCUAUACAAUUUACAAGGGAACUGUUAAGUGUCAGACUAGUUCUUAUCUUAUAUUACUUGUGUAUCUGCUAGCUUUGUUUUAUGUGUUCUUUAUUUAUUUAAAUGUUAAUGCUUUUUUCAGGAACAGUAUUGCGUUUUACAGUUGUUGUUUUUUUCUUAUUCUUUCUCCUUUUCACUAUUGACAUUACUCAGAUGGAAUGAGGAAGUGUGCAAUACAAAAACAGGCAUCUCACCAGUUAAGAACAAUUGUAUUGAAGAAAGCUUUGUUUUUACUUAGAAUUCUGACAAUUUUAUGUCAAAUAAUGCCUGGAUUUGUCCCAUAGUUUUUUGUUUUUUUUAAAUCCUCCAAUUCAAAAUACAGUGGGGCAAAAAAGUAUUUAG